CAGACUUCAUGGCAUCUGAUGUGCAUAUGAUCCAGAAUAAAAAGCCAAAGCCCCCAGUUGCCCAGUUUGACCUCUUUUCGACCAAUUGUGCUGUGUGAAUGGAAAAGUUCUAUGAGGGAAGAAUGUUUUUGCAGAAAGCGUUCCAGAAGAUCCUCUCCGACAAGGACAUCAAAAAGUGUCCGGAAUUGCGCCAGAGUUGCGAGCAGUACCUGGACCAACUCAAAGUCGAGAUCCAGUCUAUCAAGACCCUGGAAGCAUCUACAAACGCAAAUCAACAUGAAGACAGCGCCAGUCUAGCUUCUCCCAAAUCCAAUCACUCAACUGGAAGCGAAGUUGUCUCCUCGGCUCUACCUGGAACUGGGUCCGAAACGGAGUUUGUAAACGCCGACUACUAUUUCGAACCGUUCAAGCUAGCAUGCAAAGUCAAAUCAACUCGAAUAGUUAGUACAUCGCUGGAUAGCGUACAGAAGUUGGUUGCCUAUGGACACCUUAGAGGCGACAUCGCCGACCCCAACAAUCCGGAACAGCCCUUAGCAAACACUAUUGUGGACACAAUAUGCGAGUGUUUUAUUGGCCAACAGACUGAAGAAAAUGUUCAGCUGCAGAUUAUUAAAGCACUGUUAACAUGUAUGACGUCACCGGCGUUGGAAGUGCAUGAAGGUGCACUAUUGCAGACAGUACGAACUGUGUACAAUAUCUACUUAGCCAGUAAGAGUCUGGUGAACCAACGCACAGCUCAGGCUGCCCUCACCCAGAUGUUGAGUGUGUUGUUCUCCAAAAUGGAAUCGGAAUGUGCUCCAGAGAAAAAUGCAGUGGCGGUGAGCGAGUCGAACCCAAAUCCACAAUCACAUCAAUUGAAAAACCAGGACGAGUCCCAGUCUCCAAAAGGUCAGACGAACGAUGACGCAACAUCGAUUUCAUCCAAGCAAUCCGAAUUGUCCUCGAGUACCUCAGAACAACAUGCCAAUACGAAAUACGACUCGCAUCAUUCUGAGCGUCAACAAAACGACGAGAAUGAUACAAGCGGUGAGCCCAAUUCAAAUGACCGGAUGUCGAAUGCAACCAUUGUUUCCGAGUGUGACACUGAACAUGGGGAGUCAAAAUCAGAACGCCAGCUGUCGGGAAGCCGCCAAAUUGAGGAUGCUAGUGAUAAUUAUAGAGCGAACGAGAAAAUGAAGAAUGGCCAUGACGCUAAGUCAACAGAAGAUAAGAGUAACGAAGAAACCGUUCAGUCAAUUUUAGAAGAAAUAGUUACAAAUGUAGCAGAAAUGGCAGACAGAGAAAACGUGGAAAAUGGUCCUCUGAAUGGAAGCAGCGGAUCCUUGCCAAACAACACCGAAGAUGAUGAGUCAUCGGUGGCAGCAGGUGCCCUUUCGCCUCCCAAUUUUCUCCACAUAUCACAAAAAGACGCUCUGAUAGUAUUCAGAGCGCUAUGUAAAUUGUCAAUGAAGCCUCUGGCCGAGGGUCCUCCGGAUCCCAGAUCCCACGAGUACAGGUCAAAAGUCCAAUCGUUGAAGCUACUUCAUGUAGUGCUCCAAAAUGCAGGACCUGUUUUCAAAAGUGCACGUUUGUUUGUUGAAGUUAUAAAGCAGUAUUUAUGUGUGGCUCUAUCCAAAAACGGAGUUUCCCCCGUCGCAGAGAUCUUUGAGCUCUCCUUGAGCAUCUUUCUUGCUCUCUAUGCUAAUUUUAAACAGCAUCUUAAAGUUCAAAUUGAAGUGUUCAUCAGGGAGAUCUUUCUAACUAUUUUGGAGUCCUCAAUGAGUUCAUUUGACCAUAAGUGGCUCGUAAUUCGAGCUCUGAAAGUGAUCUGCUCUGAGCCACAAAAUGUAGUAGACAUCUACUUAAACUACGAUUGUGAUCUCUCAUCUGCCAACGUGUUUGAACGACUAGUAAACGAUCUGUCUAAAAUAGCACAAGGCUUACAUUCCAUACAGCUAGGUGCCACUCCUGUCCAGACUAAGAGUAUCAGAAUCGAGGGACUACACUGUCUAGUUGAUAUACUCCGCUGCAUGGUGCAGUGGUCGCACGAUCUCUACUACAAUCCGAAUGAUCAAAGUAACAUGGGCAGUAAAGGAGACAAAGCGUCCCACAAAUCGAGUAUGACCAAUUUGAGCAUCAGACCCCAAGGGGGAUCCAUCGGAGAUACAGAAAGCAAUUUGGAUGUUCCCUCAAUUGGCUCGAACUCGGUCGUUGUAGCAACGGACGGUACAGAAAGUCCUUCGAAACUCGGCGGAAGUAUGAACUCACUAAACUCAAUCGGAGCAAGCUCCACCAGUGCCGACAAUCCAGCAAUUUUCGAGAACAUAAAACAGCAAAAAGAAGUCUUAGAACAAGGGUUGGAUCUCUUCAACAAGAAACCGAAGAAGGGCUUACAAUUUCUGCAAAAUCAGGGAAUUUUAAGUUUAAGUCCAGAAAAGGUUGCAGAGUUCUUGCAUCUUCAUGAAGAGAAGCUGGAUCCGACUAUGAUGGGAGACUUCAUGGGCGAAGGUGAUGAUUUUAAUAAGGCAGUUAUGUACGCAUAUAUUGACCAGUUCGAUUUCCAAGAAACAGAUUUCUUGACUGCUUUGAGACAGUUCCUUGAAGGAUUUCGACUUCCGGGAGAAGCCCAGAAGAUUGAUAGGUUGAUGGAAAAAUUUGCGAGCAGGUACUGUGAGACUAAUACGAACCUAGGAGUGUUUGCUACUGCGGAUACUGCAUAUGUGUUGGCCUUCUCGAUUAUCAUGCUCACCACGGAUCUUCACAGUGAUCAGAUUAAAAAGCACAUGACGAAAGCGGACUACAUCAAAAUGAACAGAGGAAUCAAUGACAGCAAAGAUCUCCCCGAAGAGUACCUGUCCUCGAUAUACGAUCAGAUUGCGAGGAACAAGAUCAAAAUGAGACACACGCGUGAACAGAAAUCUGUGAAGCCAGCAGUUGACGUAAGCAACGACAAAGUGCGUCGCAGCGAGUACGAAAAAGAGAUCCAAUACAUGGCCAGAACAGCGAUGGCUCUUCUGGAAGCAGCAAGUACAGUUAACACCACUUACACUAGUGCCACUCAUUAUCAACACGUGAAGCCAAUGUUCAAAAUAGCAUGGACUCCUCUUUUGGCCGCUUUCAGUGUCGGCUUGCAAGACUGCGACGAUGUGCAGAUUUCAAAUCUGUGUCUGGAAGGAAUCCGACAUGCAAUUCGGAUCUCGUGUAUCUUCAGAAUGGACAUUGAGAAAGACGCAUACGUGCAGGCGCUAAGUAGAUUCACUUUACUGACCGCGACUUCAGGUCUCCACGAGAUGAAGAGUAAAAAUAUCGAGACAAUUAAGACGUUGAUACACGUGGCACAUACGGAUGGAAACUACCUUGGCACCUCGUGGGGUGAAGUGUUGAGAUGUAUUUCCCAACUAGAGCUGGCUCAGAUGAUUGGAACUGGAGUUAAACCGCACUACUUGCAAGAGAAAAGGCCCUCGAGUAGAUUGAGUCCGUCUUCGAGAGCAGACAGCAUCACGGGUCCAGGUGCGCUGGAGAUUCUGGGCAGCAUGGACCAGAAGAAACUGAUGCACAUACAAGAGUCAGUGCAGGAGACCAGUUCACAGAGUGUGGUAGUGGCAGUAGACAGAGUUUUCACAGGCUCUAUUCGUCUCGACGGAGAUGCCAUAGUUGACUUCGUCACGUGGUUGUGUCACGUGUCCAUGGAGGAAUUGCAGCAGCCGAAGAGUCCUAGGAUGUUCGCACUGACCAAGUUGGUGGAAAUAUCCUACUAUAACAUGGGCAGAAUCCGAUUGCAGUGGUCCCGAAUAUGGCAGGUACUCGGCGAACACUUCAACCGAGUCGGUUGUUUCCCCAACGAACAUGUAGCAUUUUUCGCAGUCGAUUCUCUAAGACAACUCUCGAUGAAGUUCAUAGAGAAGGGCGAACUGUCCGGUUACAGAUUCCAAAAAGAAUUUUUGAGACCUUUUGAGUAUAUUAUGAAGAAAAAUAGAUCCCCGACUAUCCGAGAUAUGGUUGUUAGAUGCAUUGCUCAAAUGGUACAAUCCCAGGCUGCUAACAUCAAAUCGGGUUGGAAAAACAUCUUUGCUGUGUUCCACUUGGCAGCUUCUGAUCCGGAUGAAACUAUAGUUGAACUGGCAUUCCAAACUACAGCUAAGAUCAUUACAUCAGUGUUCCAAACGUGUUUCGGCUCAGCUGUGAUCGACGCAUUCCAAGAUGCAGUGAAAUGUCUGUCCGAGUUCACGUGCAGUGCUGCGUUUCCCGACACCAGUAUGGAGUCGAUACGUCUGAUUAGAGAAUGUGCCCAAAUUGUUAAUGCCAACCCUCAGGGAUUCUCGGAGAAUUGGAAUGAGGAAUUUGUGACGGUUCCGGAGUCUGACCGCGUGUGGGUUCGCGGCUGGUUCCCGAUUCUAUUUGAACUUAACUGUGUGAUAACCAGGUGCAAAUUGGACGUCAGAACCAGAGCCUUGACCGUAAUGUUCGAGCUGCUUAAGACGUUUGCUGGAAACUUCAAACAAAACUGGUGGAAAGAUCUAUUGCAAGUGAUUUUCCGUCUGUUCGAUGUAAAUAAAAUGGAGGAAAAGAAAAUAGACAAAAUUGAGUGGCUAACAACCACAUGCAACUUGGCCCUCUACUCCUUGACUGACAUUUACUCGCAAUACAGGUCGGUGCUCUCUGAAAUAGUCUUCGAAGACCUUCUCUCACAAAUCAUCUGGUGCUGUAAACAGCAAAAUGAGCAGCUGGCGCGCGCUGGAAUCAACUGCUUAGAAAAUUUUCUCAUCUCAAAUGGCAUUGAAAUGACGGAACAGCAAUGGGAUAUUGUUUGCGUGGCUGUCCAACAACUGUUUAGAGAUACGCUAGCGCACGAUUUGCUUACAUGGGUUCCACCCAGCCGAGGAGCGAACGCAGGAACUAGUACAACGAGCUUUGCGUCAUCAUUAAUAUGCUGCGUUGUGCAGCUAGAGCUAAUACAUGCAAUAGACGGGGUGUUGUUUUUGCCUUUGACUAGUCGAAGGGAAGACGAAUGCUACCUACAGGCUGCCAAGGAUGUCGAAAUUUUGGCUCCAAAUCGGGUGGACGAACAUUCGGACGGAAUGAUUCAUACACUGAGCUCCAGACAUCUCAUUUCGCUUCUGGACAGUCUGAUAGAGUCGCAUAAGUUUGCUAGAACCUUCAACUCAGAUAAUGAGCAACGGACAUUAUUAUGGAAAGCGGGCUUCAAGGGCAAAAAUAAACCCAAUUUAAUACAGCAAGAAACUUCUAGUUUAGCUUGUGCAUUUAGACUUUUAUUCAGCAUUCUGAAUAAUGACAAACAUGAAUCAGCGUGGAACGAUUUGGAAAACCGACUGAACAUGUUAUGCAAGGAGGCUUUCGAGUAUUACAUAACAUUGUCCAAUGGCCAUCGUGAUUCGUGGACGAGUCUGUUGAUUCUGCUACUGACUAAAAUUCUGCAAAUGGACGAAGUGAAGUUUGCACAGCACUUUUUCCGCUUCUAUCAGCACUUGUGUGAAAUGAUUGCAAUGGACCUGAAACCGGAGCUGAGAGCCAUUUUGAGAAAAGUGUUUCUGAGGUUGCCAGCGUCUAGUAUAAGCCACAUCAAUCCGGCUGGAGGAGCAACGACCGUUGGUCAAAGUAACUCGGGAAACAGUAGUGAACUUAACCAUUCAGAUAACUCGCUUUUCAAUCAUGAAGAGGGCUCGUAGAACUGGACUGAAUAAUGAGUUUCCAAUGUGCUGCUAGCUUUCUUUUUCUUGCUUCUCAUUAGUUAUUGAAACACUGUUUAGAGCUAAUGACCGCAAAGUAUGAUAUGAGCUCAUAAAAAAUUGUAGUCAUUGCAAAUGUGUUUUUGAAAACUCACUUAUGAGAAGCAACCAGAAUCUUCUAGAUUUUGCGACGUAUGAAUUGAUUUGACGCAUUCUUCCGAAACUUGUUCUUGAGAUUCUCAAUUGCAAAAUACCAAUUUCAUCUUGUUGCUAUCCUUCUCUUAUUUUCUCGAUCCUAUAUAUGUUUAUAUUGCUUUAUUUCCUGUGGUUGUAGAUAGCGCGUAGCGAUAUUCCAGAAAGUUGGAAAAUUGUUUCUAAAAAGGUUCAAAUAGAUACGGUCGAGCUCUUACAGCCAUACCUCCAUCAAAAGGGUAGAAAUCUUUUGCUACGCUCAAUUUUCUCUCAGGCUUAGCUUUUGGAAUAAUAUAUAUUUAUUUACAGAAUGGAGUAUCGCUUAUUUUAAGAAACAUUUAAAGAUGGUACCGGGUCGUUAAAUCUAAAAGUUCAUGCUUUUCUGGGCAGCUUUCCUGGAAUAUAUAAUGCGCAUUUAGUGAGAAUUUAGACCUCCUGUUCUUAACAGCAUUUAAGAUGUAUCCGUAUAACAGCCACUGCAGCUCCCUUCUCGCCUGUAUUUUUCCACAGCAGUCUAUAUUACCAUGUCUUAUGCCAUGCUUACAUAUACUAGUGGUUUAGUGUUGUACAUUAUGCUAUACGGUUGUGUUGUUUCACUUUGUCGUAGACCAUGCAAUCAAACCUUGCAGCUGACCAAUUUUUUUGCUGAGCGAAAUUUUGUGGAAAAUUUUACAGAUUUCAUUGAACUUUUCUGGUCUAUUGAUUGGGUGUAGUAAUUUUAUCAUUCUGUAAUUAAUUGAGUAAAAAUGUAAUUGCACCGCAGUUGAAAUGAUAUCAUAUAGAUGUAUUCAUAAUAUAUACUGUAUUUAAAUACCUUAAAUUGUGACAAACUGUUAUGAAUUUUGAAUGCUACUAAAU